AUGACAAGCAUCACUCUUCCUCUAUGUCUCUCUUUUCCUCCUUUUUCCGUCCGACCGUCCAACGUUCCUCUCACAUUCAGUUUGGUUUAUUCUUCAAAAUCUCAAUCAAUCUCCAUCAUUCAUCGUCAAUCAAUUACACCCACACAGGUUGAAGUCAACGGCCGCGUCAGCAAACUUCCCGUCGGUCUUAGCGACGUUCACAUCCACCGCAAGGACGAUUUCAUCGUUGUUGAAGGCUCCAACGGCUACACAGUCAGCUGCAACCCCAAAUCCGAUUACUACAUCGUUGACAUCAGCGGAUGGUAUUACAACAAGGUAGGGGGUUUAUUUGGUACCUACGAUAACGAACAAACCAAUGACAUGACCAUGGCCAACAUGCGCUCCACCAACGACCUGCAAGAAUUCGCCGACUCAUGGUCCACUUCUCACUCCUGUCGCUCUCAGAACCACGCCCGUGGUCAUAUGGUCCCUGAAAACCGAAAGUGUGCCGAGAUGUUCUUGGAACCAUCGUCACCCUUUAGGAAUUGCUUUAAACAGGUGAACCCCAAUCCAUUCUACCACGCAUGCGCAAGCUACAUGACCAGCAUCAACAAACCCUUGAAAGUCCUCUGCGAUGUCUCCUCUUACUAUGUCAACCAAUGUCACUAUAACGAUGUCAAGCUACCAAUCCCAAUCCGAUGCUCUACCCACUGAACAUAAUUGAAGAUCGAACCCCACAAACUUUUCAUCACUUCAAUUUAAAUAACUAAUGUAAUGAAACAAUAAAAUUAUAUUUGCAUGCUAA